UUUAGGGAGUGGUUGCACUUGGCCAAUUCCUAGGGUGACAGUAGAGUCGAGUCAAGUUUUUGGCGCCGUUGCCGGGGACGGCUAGGUUGUUGAAGAAAAGUGAUUUCUGUUAAUUUAGCUUUCUUUUUACUUUGUUUACUUUGUCCCACUUGUGCCUUCACGAGUUUGUUGCUUGAGUGUGUGCAGGUAGUGCAUGACCCGUAGCCAGUCGGGAGGUUUACUGCCGUUGAAUCCAGAGAUUGACCGCACCUGUCGCCAGCUUAGGAGACAACAGCGAGCUAGACUGGCUACGGAAGAGCGCAUAGACGGCCACCUGAGCAGCGAUUCUGAAGAAGAGCACGGGAUGGACGGAGACUACAACCAACACCAGGGGAAUCCACAGCAGGUUCCCCCGGUGAAUCAGGUCCUGGGGAACAACCCCAUACCCCAGGACCAUGGAGUUCAUCAUCCACCGCAGCCGGGUCCCACCUUGGAGUACUACUACACUCCGCGGAUUGCUGAUAUCCGCCCGGUCAUCCUCUACCCGCCGAUCCCAGCAAACAACUUCGAGAUCAAGCCAUGCUGGAUUCAGCUCAUCACAUCCUCGAUCCAGUUUCAUGGCUUGAAGGAUGAGGAGGCCAGGGUACAUCUGUCCCGUUUUCUGCAGCUGACAAACGGGUUCAAGCUGAACGGUGUUCCCGAUGAUGCGAUCCGCCUUCAUCUCUUCCCCCAUUCUCUAGCGGGAAAUGCUAAGAGGUGGUUGGAGACCCAGCCCCCAUUGUCCAUCACCUCUUGGGACGAUCUGGCGGACAAGUUCGUGCACAGGUACUAUCCGGCAUCGAAGACUACAGAGAUUCAGCGGGAGAUCACUCACUUCCGCCAGGAGCCAGAUGAGUCACUCCGUGAUGCUUGGGAGCGGUACAUGGGCUACUUCUGGCAGUGCCCCCACCAUGGCUUUAGUGAUGCUUUCACUGUGGGGAACUUCUACAGCGCUCUCUCCCCAGAUAGCCAGAGGGUGAUUGAGUCUUUAUGCCCAGGAGGGGAUAUUCUUACCAAGACUCCACCCGAGCUGAACCAGAUGAUCAGUACUUUGGCUGCCAGAGAUCAUUCUUGGGGACAGGGUAGCCGAGGCAGACAGUCUCGGGACCGUGGUGUGCACGCCAUGGAGACCAGAUCCGGGCUCGAGCAGCAGGUAGCUGAGCUAGUGCAGACAUUGAAGCAGCCUAACAGUCUGAUUCCGGGCAAAGGUUUGGCUACACCUCCAGUUGCUCAGUGUCAGUGGUGUGAGAGCUCCAAUCACCUAGUGGAGGACUGCCAGGCUAUGAGGGAGUCUACCACACCCCAGGAGCAGUUGGCCUUCAUCGCCAAUGCGAGGCGCCUCGAUCCAUACAGUAGCACAUAUAAUGAGGGGUGGCGCCAGCAUCCCAACUUUGCCUGGAGCAGCAACACCACUAAACCACCUGGUUUCCCAGCACCAGCAAGUGGUUUUCAGCAGAGGCAGCCCUACCAGGCUCGACAGGGGCUAGUUCCACAGCAGCCAUUCCAGCAGCCCCAGCGCCAGUUUGCCGAGCCAGCAGCAGCUCCAGCCCCAGAUGACAGGAUGACGAAGCUGGAAAACAUUCUAGCUUCAUUCAUGAAGAGCACUCAGGCGACUAUCACGAGGUUGGACCAGAGUGUAGCCUCACUGGAGGCAGGUCAGCGGAACCAGGGUGCCAUCUUGCAGGAUCUGCAGACCCAGGUGGGCAUCUUGGCUCGCCAGAACACCACCAGGGCACCGGGGACUUUGCCUGCCACCACUGUUCCGAAUCCGCGAGAUCCCCACCAGCAUCAGCAGCUGGAUGCCAUUUUUACUAGGAGCGGUAAGGUCAUAUCUGCUGAUCCUGUCCCGGCCAGACAGGAGGAACCACUACCUGCUUCAGCACUUCCAGCCGACGAUGCAGAAGUGCGGGUGGAGAAGGAAGCCCCUGCUCCCAAGCCACAACCAGUGGUUAAGGAGCAUGUGCCCCAGCUUCCCUUCCCCACUCGCCUACACAAGGACAAGCUGGAGACUGAGUUUGCCAAGUUCAUGGCAAUGUUGAAGCAGCUCAACAUCAGCAUACCGUUCAUGGAGGCACUGUCGAAGAUGCCCAAGUAUGCCAAGUUCAUGAAAGAUAUCUGCACCAACAAGAAGAAACUUGGGGAUCUCUCGACAGUGAUGCUGAGCGAGGAGUGUUCUGCUAUCCUGCAGAACAAGCUGCCCGAGAAGCGCAAGGAUCCAGGGAGUUUUACUAUCCCUCUUACUAUUGGCAGCAUGCAUGUAGGCAAGUCCUUGGCGGACCUAGGUGCUAGCAUAAACGUCAUGCCAUAUAAGUUGUUUAAGAAGCUAGACUUAGGUGAACUUAGCCCUACUAGGAUGAGCAUUCAGCUCGCUGACCGUUCCAUUGUGCAUCCUAGGGGUGUUAUAGAGGAUCUGCUUGUUCAUGUUGGUGCAUUCACAUAUCCUGUUGAUUUUGUUAUUCUGGAUGUAAAUGAGGAUGUGGAUGUACCUUUGAUUCUAGGUAGGCCAUUUCUUGCCACCGCCAAGGCACUUAUUGAUGUGCAUGAAGGAAAACUGAUCUUGCGUGCUGGGAAUGAACAGGCUACUUUUUCUGUGACUGAGUUUGAUCACUGUGCUAUGAUUGAUGUCACGCCUGUGCAUGCUAUGUCUGAUCAGGUACACGAGCCUGUCGUGUAUCCUGUUGCUCCUCUCAUUUUGCAGGACCCUCCUAUCAGUCCUUCGCCGCCACUCCAUCCAGCCACGCCUCCGAAGAAAAAGCUCAAGGAGGAGUGGCGGCCGAAGCAGCAGGUUGCUAAGCCUGCACGGAAGAAGAGUGGAGACCACUAUGAGCUGGUCCCACCUCCUGCACCACGACCACCCUGGUCGUCUGCGUACUCGCUCUCCUGCAUCUUGCCAGAUGGGCAGGUCGAGCUGACUGAUGAGGGUGGUCGCAUCCGUCGGGUGCAUGGCCACAACCUCAAGCUGUACCUCAAGAGCGAUGUGGAUCCGCUCUUGGAGGCACCUGUUCCUGCACCGCCCUGAGUAUCCACCAUGGGCGUCCAGCUAAUACGACGGUAAAGAAGCGCUUGUGGGGAGGCAACCCCACCACGGUUUGACUUUCUUUCUUUUGUUUUGAGUCGGAUUGUAACCCGGUUUGGGGUUUGGUUUGUUUUUCUUUUGGUUUGGAUGAUAUUUUAUUGGGCUGACCAUUGAACCUAACAUACUGUGUUUGAGCUCUUCUGUUCCCCUUUGGCUGUGCUUGCCCCGACUGGCCCGUUUCCAGUCCCCUGCAGUCCGUGCCUACCGGUAACAUCGUUCCCCUUAUCCUUCCCUCUUCUCCAUUGAGGGCAAUGUCGAGCUUAAGUGUGGGGGGAUGUUUAUCUUUCGACUGCAUUAGAUCUGUUUGUGUGCUUGGAGCCUAGUCCACUGUCCAAAUUUUUAAAAUUUGAGGGCUCCAAGUACGUGUUUCCUUGCAAUUGCCUGCUCAGUAUGCUUUGAAUUGACAGUCUUUAUAGUGAUAUGCAACCUAGGGAGGUAGUGUAGCACUAUGGAGGAUGUUGAUGCAUUUAAGGAGUCUCAUUUCUUCUUCAUAUUGUGUUGGUUGAUUGAGUGAAUUAGUGAUCUUAGGACCCUUGAAUUGUGUGGUGUUGUGGAUUUCUACCUGUCAUGGACUCUUGUAUCAUGUUUUGAAAAUAGCAGGUGCUCGAAAAUGUGCUUCAAAAUAAACGUCUCUCGUUCGAAUAGGGCGAAAGUGUGUAAGGGGAGACGGGAAUUCGUUCCCAAUUCCCACCUACUACCUCCAGCCCCUUACAUGUCUUUCCCCCGCACGAGGCUCGAGACAUCCGCUCCUGGCAUGGCCGGUAAGAGCAGGUUGGGACCCUUGAAAAAGAAAAGAAAAGAAAAAUAUCAGAAAACAAGCAAAACAGAAAAAAAAGGGGUCUCAACCAUCUUCAAGAAGAAAAUAGAGCACCUUGAAAAAUGUGAGUCCAUGAUCUUUUGUUUUUGAGAAUCUCUUCAUCCACAAUUCAUUUGUCCUCUGUUCACUAUUUGCCAUGAUGCCGACUCGAUACUAGUGCUCUCGCCGAAGAAGCUAUGAGAUGACUUGUGUUUCGGUUGACCUCGUAAGUUGCUAAAUGAUCUAGGAAGUCCUCUACCUACGAUCUGGGGUGUUUGUUGCUAUAGAGGUCUGGAGAGUUGCAUUGGUUUGAGUUAGGUUUGCUUGGGGACAAGCAAACGGUUAAGUGUGGGGGAGUUUGAUAGACCGUCAUUUACACAUGUUUUUACCCCCAUUCUUACACCGUUUGAGGUGUUGAUUCUCGUGUUUUAGGCCGAUUUCACGGUAGGUUGUGCUUGUUUGUGAUAUUUCAGGUCCUAGGACGUGAAUGAAGGCUUAGGAGCGAGUCUGGGGUCGAUUGGACGAGGAUCGGACGCAUGGCGAGGUUCUGAGGAAGUCGCACGGGCACACCCACAACACGCACGGCCGUGCAAGUGACCAGUUUGGCUGUGCGGGAUUGUGCGUGGGCACGCACGGGCACAAGUGAAAUCCGCACGGCCGUGCAACAUACAAUUCUGGCCGUGCGAGUUGGCUGAGGUUCAACUAAUUGAUACGCCGCGUUUUGAGGUGCACGGCCAGAAUGGUGAUAUGCACGGCCGUGCACCCUGGCCGUGCGAGUCAGGAUUUCCUGGUUUUAAGCCAAAUUCCGAACCAAAGUCGGGGGGAUUCGAGUUUUUGAGAGAGAGAUCAGUUCCUAGAGAGAGAAAGUGACGAACAAGAGUCUCCAAGUGCCCUAGAUUGAUCUUCAACACCAUUGGAGGCCAGCUUGAGCUUGGAGAAGUGCCAAUCAACGUCCAGAAGCAGGAAUCCAUCCUUUGCAGUAUGAAUUCCGUGUCUGAUUCUGCUUUUGCUUUCUUCUCCAUGGAGUAGUUCUCCCAUUCAUCUGGGUAUGGAGAACCCUAGAUUUGUAUGUUAGGCUUUGAUUGUAUGAACCCAAGUACUGAUUUUGUGAUUGAUUAUAUUCGAUUGAGGUUUUAAUGAUUGAAUGACUUGAAUCCUGAUCAAAUUCCUGUUGUUUCUGCUUUAACCUAGAAUGAGAAUAUCUGCCUAGGUUAAUAGAGUAUCCUUGAUUGAAGGUAGGGAGUUGGUGACUUUAGUCGAGGAGCCAACUCACUAUUCUGUACCGGAUUUACUCCGGUAGUGGAGGUUUUGUUCUUAGGGCCUCUAUCUGUCGACUCCGGUGGAGGUUAGUCGCCCGCUAGAGAGUCAGAUUGAGAGGGUCUGAAGACCUUUAGUCGAGACUUCAGGCUGUUUGAGAACCUUCCGCAGUAUAACUGUCAUAGAAACUGAACUUGGUAAUUACAAUCCGGCUUAACUGCAGUCUAGGGGGAACCAUAUCCGGGUGACCUCUUUAACCUGAAUACAACAGUUUACUUGCUUUGUUAGUUUGAUAGUUUAGACUUGCAUCCCAGUUUCAUUGCUAGAUAACACGAACUCACUGAGUAGUCAGCAAAUCUAGGACCCGGGUUGACAUAUAAACCUAAACCCGCUAUACUACGCUUUAGGGAGUGGUUGCACUUGGCCAAUUCCUAGGGUGACAGUAGAGUCGAGUCAAAGGGUCUAUGGUUUCGACUAAAACCCUUCCCUUCAAUCAAUGGCCACUAGCAUCGGCCAAAACCCUUAUCUCUCCCUUCCAACUAUCACCAAUCAUGUACUACCUUGAAGCACUCUUCCUCAGUUAACUCUUGCUAGUUCUUUAAGGUUUGGUAGUGAAGGAGUUCUAAAAAAUGUGGGGGAUUCGUUGGCUUGGGUGCCAAGAAACUCCUCCUAGAGCAUGUACUUUGGUUUUUCGUGGCACUCUCUACUUUAUUUACCCCAUUUUAUUACCUCUUUUUCGUUUCUCUUUCAUUUUCUUUUCUUGCUCUUUUUUUCUUUUUUAGGGGGGUAUUAGAGAGUAAGAACAAUUUCCACCUAAACAUUUAUCGACCAAUGCUCUCUUUCUGAGGAACUCACUCCAACACUACACUUAAUUUUCCUCAUCCCUAGCAAGGACCACUCACGAACCUCCUAUGUAGAACCUCUAUGGAAACUCAAUGGUAAGAGCUCCUGGACACACGGGCGACUCAUGCUUGGACACGAAGAAAGGAUUUGGGGGUCGUUCUAAUAACACCUUUAAGCUCACACGAACGAAACUCCUAAAUUAAGAACGACCCACGAAGUCACACGGCUCAAAGAGGUUGACUAAAGGAUGACUCAUUUUGGGACAAUCAACAUUUGGGGCAUGGACUAAUCCUAUGGCUCCAUCAUACUUGCUAGUGAUAACUUGUGAUGCUACAUACAGUGGUAAAAGGGAACUAUCACACCGAAAGAAACGAACGGCUCAAAGCUCACAUGCUACCUAGUUACCCAAAUAUCAAUUCCAAUUCACAAACACGAUUCAUGGCAAUUGUAAACAACAAGUGAUCAAGUCCAGAAAUCCAUUAAUUUAUGCACACUUUCCCUAGGUCUACGUCUAUCAUGCAUAUCGUUUAGAAUGUCGUGUUUGUGGUGCGGGACUCACUAAAGUGGGGGCCAGCUCAAUGGUCAUGCAACUAGUCCCCCUCCUAGCAUGAUUCCUUCACCCAAUGUCACCUCAAUCAAGUUCAUGAUACUAGGCGUUUAUCAUGGACCCCCACAAUCCCAAAACCCAGAAUCUGAGCCAAGAACUCUUGGUUUGGCAGACAAUAUUCUUACUAAAGCAAAUUGUUGACUUAGCCAAGUUCACCCUUUGGGCACUAAGUUUCUGAUGACUCGAUAUUUGCACAUGUUUUCCCCUUUGUUUCUUGAUCGUUUAAGCUUGAAUUAUUGCUUCUUUGGCCUAUUUUACACUAGGUUGUGUUCCUUUGUCACAUUUCAGGUCCUAGCACAUAAAGUGAAGCGUAGGCCCAAGUUUCAAGUCAAUCGGAGAUCAAUUGGCGACUCGGGGGAAGAAACUCGGGUAUGACUUGAAGAAGAAGGGAUUUCUACCUCCGUUUGUGACCAUAUAAUCAUGUAAUCCUGUCAUGAGAAGAAAGAGGACGAGAAUACGAGCAUCUGGGAUCAAAUGGCACCUGAUUUGGAGUCCGAACGAGGGAGAAACGAAGAAUCAAAGAUAGGGGAAAUUGGUUUCGGGCUUCUCUGAGAAACAGAAGGGGGCCCUAUCGUGACACUAAAAUCCCCGGUAGGGGAUUUUUGGCCUUGAUAGGGGAUUUUCCCCUGUCUCCAAAAAUCCCCUAUCGUGAACCAAAAAUCCCCGAUCGUGAACCAAAAUCCCCGGUCAUGACCCAAAAAUCCCCUAUCGUGAACCAAAAAAUCCCUUAUCGUGAACCAAAAAAUCCCCUAUCGUGACCUAAAAUACCCUACCGGGUAUUUUGACCGGGGAUCGCGAACGCAGGCUGUUAAAAGCCUGUUUUGUGCAUUUUUGCAAAGGGAGAGCUGGGUUUUGGAGGAUUUCUUCGCCUUGGAAGCUCGAGCAAACACCCAAGGGACGAACCAAAGAGAGAGAGGGCGAUUAGAGGGCAUUUUAAGAGUGGAAUUGGAGGAUUUCUUCGCCUUGGAAGCUCGAGGAACAAGCCCGGACUUGAAGACUGAUCAUCUGAAGAUUCUUACUGCAGUCUCUCUCUUCUCUAUGGAGUAACUUCCCUUCACUUAGGUUUUGAGGAACCCUAGCUAUGUUUGUUUGAUUGGAUGAUUGUAUGAGUACUCUGACUUGAUAAUCUUGAGUUCAUAUUCAAUCUAUGCAUGUUUUCAUGAUUCAAUUCUGCUUUAGUCGAGAUUAUUGAUUCUGCUUUGAUCCUAUGAGAGGGAAUACCUGAUUAGGUCAAUAGAGCACCAUAGAUUGAUAGUAGUGGAUCGAUUGCUUUAGUCGAGGGUUGAUUCACUGCUUUGUAUCGAUUGAGAACCUCAUUCGAUAGAGGGAAUCUAGUUCAGAACGCCUUGAUCGGUUGUUCUAGAGAAGGAUACGUCCCUCUAGGCAAUUGACUCAAGAGGGCCUUGUUCCUUUAGUCGAGACUCAAGGUCUAGUCAAGGAUUCUCCGCAUUGUGAAUGAAAGUGAAACAAGUUAGAAAUCAUCAAUCGUUAGUCUGGCUAGUGGCUAGGGGGAAUCAUACCUAAGUGAGUUCCCAACCUGUAAUUAGAUUAACUUUAACUGUAGUUUGCUAGAGUAGUUUUAGUUCUUUCAUCUUAAUCUGGUUUGCUAAAUAAUAAACUGAAGCUGAGUAA